CCCCAAUGUUCUUUCAACAUUUCAGUGACGUUUUUGGAACGUGAUCUCAUAGCUGGAAAUUUCUGUCUUGAAACAACUUCCGCUUUAUUUCUGCGCUUAGAACGUUGACCUAAGGUUCAUAACGGUUUACCGGAACGUUUCGACGGUUCGCAGUUAGAAAAAACUUCAAUGGAGCACGGUAAUGGAGAUAACGCUGACUACGACUGGUCGACGGAACAACGAGUGGACGGCCUGGUGAACAAACACAUGGCAGACAUCGCUCUGGAAGCCCUGCAGCAGCGGCUGUCUGCGGUCACCGACGAGAUGCACAGUCUGGCCCAACAUGUCUCCAGACGCUCAGGGGAGGAGUUCAAAGACGAGCCACGGCGAGGAGACGUCAACUUCGGCGUGGAGCCGUCGCUCUCGUGCAGCUCCGCAGCGGCCGCUUCAUCCUCAGAGACUGCUCAGCGAAAGAUCAUCGCCCUGCUCGUGGAAAUAAAAGAGGAACAGCUGAGGCAAAGGGCAGUGCUGAGGAAUAUUCAAGCUCGGCUUCAGGGUCAGACACCCAACAAUGAAGAGAAUGUGGAGGCUCUAGACAUAGAUCUCCCUGUGAGGACCCUGGAGCAGCUAGAUGCGAUAGAGACACAGCUGGAGGACCCAGGGACACAAAAGAGAAUGGUAUCUUAUCUUUCACGGCUGGGUGGAGCUACAGUUGAUGAUGCGGUGAGACGUCUGAUGAAAGCUGUGCUUUCAUUCGCUGUUGGUUCUGAGCUUAACUGGGUGGGUCGUGGACAGAAAAGGAGCUUCAAAAACACCCGCAUCCAAGGAGUGCUCUUUUGUGCUCUGAAGCGAACACCAGUGGGGAAGGAGGCCACCCAUCACCAGUACGCUGACGUGGUGAAGAGAUGGCUGCGGUUUGCUCCCUUCAGACAGGGAGGGACUGGCCGUCGCUACUGGAAACCUCCUGUAGACAAUCCACAUUCUCUGGAAACAGACAGUUUUAACCAAAGCUGCACAAACUGAUGUUCAUCUCACUUACUAGUUGUCCCAAGAUACUGAACACAAAGGGUUUCUAUUCAAAGUUAAGAUAUUUGCUAAAAACACAGUGUGCAUGGAAAGACUGGCAUGAUAGUAAUAUAAAGAUAUCUGCACACUAUACAUUUCUGUUACUUUUCUUCAUCCAAAGUGCAAAUGUUCCCUUUUCAGCCAUGCACACCUUUCCAUUGAUUUGACAGCAUCUGAAAGGGUCGGCUUCAUGUAUGAAUGGGACUCUUUGCUGUAAGAGUUGUGAUUGUAAUCUUAAUAAGUCAGACUUGUUUUAACAGUACAAAUCUGAAAUGCAUGCACAUGAAUAGAAAGGCACAUAUAAGCGACAUACUCAUAGUUUUGGGAGACACCUUUUCACACAUUUCAGUACUAUUGUUGCAAAAACAUUGCAUAGAGAGUAAUGCACAGUUAGCUGUCAAAAUCAUAAAACAUUUCUUAUUCGCUCUGCUUUACAAUUUCUCUUCUAUAACAACCUCAAAUGUCGAUUAAAAAAUAGAACUUCACUGCAGUGAAGACAGAAAAUGUCAGAAUGAUGAGACCCACUAAUAAUUAAUGUAUUCCAGUUGAUUGUAGUGGUUUCAGUGUUUAGAAAAUAGCAAAUAUAUUAGGCUAUUAUUUAUUUGGACGAAUUGAGAAGCUGCUGUUUAGACUUGGCCUUUUGUAUAUUUGUACAAUAUUAUGUAAAACACAUCACAUGUCCAGAGGAGAGAGAGUGAAUAUAUUGGUAGAAGGAUGCUGAGUUUCCCACUGCCAGGCAGGAGGCCUAGAGGAAGACCAAAGAGGAGGUUUAUGGAUGUGGUUAAAGAGGACAUGAAGGUAGUUGGUGUGAGAGAAGAGGAUACAGCAGACAGGGUUAGAUGGAGGCAAUUGAUUUGCUGUGGUAACCCCUGAAGGGAAAAGCCGAAAGGAAAAGAAGAAGAAGAAGAAGCAGAAUCACUUGUGUUGUCCAAUCUUGAGUGAAAGACAGAUAUUUCACACACAUACUAUAUCUCUCAACAAUACUAGGUCUCUCUCCAUGACUGUAAUGGAAAUGUCUGAAUGAAGGAAUGCUUAAUGUCAUAAGGAACAUUAAUGUAAAAGUGGCAUGUGUCUGAAUGACAACACACUGUCAUUUCAACAGACUAAUGAAGCAGCAAUGUUACAUGUUGCACAUUUUAAAAGGGCUUAAGAUUAAAACCACUGUAUGGUUUCUUUCCAGUGUGUUGUUUCACAUCUUGUACACCAGCACUGUAUGGCCAAAUGCAGCUUUAACUUCACAGAUGAUCUUGUAGGAGGUGACUGCUUUGAAGUUUGGGCUUCUUUUGGUUGACUGUUUCAGAUCUCCCUUGUUAAGAAGAAUUUUUACUAUUCAUGUCAGCUUCCACCUCAGAAAUGUAGAAGUACCAUCAAGUAACACAAUUUCUACUAGAUUCAAUAUUAAGAUGCCAAUUUCUGUCUCCUUCAUUUUUCCAAAUGUGCCAUUGUGCAGUUGACUAAAAAAAAAAUCAGGUGAAAAAAACAGAACUAUGUCCUAGUCAUUACCCUACACAUGGCCUCUUCCAUUAUGUCUGACAUGAUUUCAAAAGCAAGAGAUGUGCCAAGAAUAUGCAGACUGCUCUUAAUUAUAAUUGAGUGAUGGCUUUAAGAUGCGUUACUCUGGAAAUGGUGACCUGUUUGCUGUGUCCAUUCUCUAUACACCGCUUUAUCCUCACUAGGAUUGCGGGGGGUGCUGGAGCCUAUCCCAGCUGACUCGGGCGAAGGCAGGGGACACCCUGGGCAGGUCGCCAGUCUGUCGCAGGGCUACAUAUACAGACACACAAUCACACUCACACCCACGGGCAAUUUAGAAUAAUCAAUUAACCUCAGCAUGUUUUUGGACUGUGGGAGGAAGCCGAAGUACCCGGAGAAAACCCACGCAUGCACAGGGAGAACAUGCAAACUCCAUUCAGAAAGAUCCCAGGGUCAGACUGGGAUUUGAACCAGGGAUCUUCUUGCUGCAAGGCGAAAGUGCUAUCCACUACGCCACUAUGCAGCCCUGAGGUUACAGUAUUUGUUAAUCAUUUAAGUUAUGCAAUAGGUAGUUUCAGUCAACUAUGCUAUUUCAUGUUUUGCACCAUUUUAGCAUAGCUUAAAUAAAAUAUAUAGCUUGAUAUAUUUAGUCAUUUCUGAGGUAUUGACAGGCUUGUUUUCAACAGUUGCUGUAAUAGAUUCUGUUUGUCUAACUAAUGUAUAACAUGUCAUUAUGAUGUUCUUGGUUAAUCUGCAAUAAUCUGAACUACAAUUUCCCCAAAUAUAGUAAUUUACAGUAUACCGCUGUAAAUUAUGAGGUUCUUUUCAAGAAAGUUGGGCACAAAUUAAAAGAAUAAUGGAACAAAUGUUAGUUGCUGCAAUUCAGAUGUAACCACUUGCUACAUUUGAGGUUUUAAUUCAGAAAUUCUAAUUCUGCAUUAGGGAAGUGAAACAUAAUUCAUAAACUGGUGUCUGGUUAGUGGAAAAUUGCAGAAGUUCAACUGCUUGUAUUUCCUGAUCAUUAUAUCAAAACUAGACCAGCCCUCAGUAGAUGGCAGAACCACGCCAAUGAACGGACACACACACACACACACACACACACACACACACACACACACACACACACACACACACACACACACAUACCCAGCCAGCCAGAUACCAAAGCGAAUGCAGUAACCCCGCUGACAUACACGUCGGGCGUGGUUAAUGAGUUGCAGCUGAACGUAAUGCACCCCAACCAGCUAAAAUUCUUUUUCUCAGAAAUGUAGUUUAUUUUUUAACUGAACUAAUCAAUAUUAUUACUUGUCUUAAAAACUUAGAUGUACUGAGAGCAUUUUCUGUAUUUCCCUAUAGUUAGUAACAAACCUCUGUAAGACUUUCUCAGAAACUCCAGUGUAACACAGAGCUAAAUUGCAAUGAAUUUUCAUGAAGUUUGGUGAAAAGUUUUCCGCAAAUUGCAACACACAGGAUCAUUAAAUAGACCGUUAUCAACUGAUGCUCAAAACAACAUAUUGCAAGCUUAUAAUACAGCAGUUACUUAUAUAGUGGAAUCCAAAAUUGAUAUAUAACUAGUGAAAACACUUUAUAAUUCAAAAAUGUUGUCUGCUAAGUAAAGUGUUAAAUGAAAGAUGAAUGUCAGAAUAUCUCACUGUUUGCCGCCUUCUGGACUUCAUGGACUUCACCAGUUUGUUCAGACUUGAACAGCCAGGUUCCUAACCAUGAUGUGACCUUCUGCUUUUUGUCAUGUCAGGAAUGUUUGUGUUUCUCAGUAUUCUAGUGCUCCGUAAAUGUUGGGUGGAGAUAUGAAAAAUCCAUGACAGUCAGCACUCCUUGGUCUCCUUUGGUCUUCAAGUCAAAACUUGCUUUUAAUAAUGUUUAGGUAUAUUAUGUGGACUUGAGCCACUGUGAUAUCUCUCUCCUGGUGGUCUCCUUAUAUAUAUAUAUAUAUAUAUGUUUGUCAUUGCCACUAAUCUUUAACUGGUAUGUAACAGCAAACAUUGAAACUGUUGGAUUAUUAAGAGUGAGACUUUUGGACAUUAAGUGUCUGUGUGUCUAAAUAUGUCUUUUAGGGCUGUGCAAGGACCGAGUGAUACAGUCACUUAAACAUUAUCUGUCAUCUGUGGCUUCAUGAUAAGUAGCUGCUGUGUGUGCAUGAAUCACAAUUUGUUAUUUCCCACACAAACACAACUACAACAUUUUGCCAUACGACAGGUGACACAGGGCUGCACAGUGUAGUAGAGUAGUGGUUAGCACUUUCGCCUUGCAGCAAGAAGAUCCCUGGUUCCAAUCCCGGCUUGGGCUUGGGAUCUUCCUGCAUGGAGUUUGCAUGUUCUCCCUGUGCAUGCGUGGGUUUUCCCCGGGCACUCUGGCUUCCUCCCACAGUCAAAAAAUAUGCUGAGGUAAAUUGAUGACUUGCCCACAGGUGUGAAUGUGAUUGUCUAUAUAUGUAGCCCUGCGACAGACUGGCGACCUGUCCAGGGUGUCCCCUGCCUUUGCCCGAGUCAGCUGGGAUAGACUCCAACACCCUAGCGAAGAUAAAGCGGUGUGUAGAGAAUGGGUGGAUGGAUGGACAGGUGACAUGUAAAUUGUUGAUUCUCUCUUCAAAAUCGAAAGUCCUGCUGGGAAACACUUGGUCUAUUUUUUUCUCCCACAGACACAUUACUGUAAAGUACUGUGUUUUUGUUCCUCUUUCCAUUUCUAAUAAUAAAUGUUGCUUUUAAAAGAAAUCUGAAUAGUGAACGUUAUGCUAAUCACAAAAAUAGGUGCUGAACAGUAAUUUUAAAACAAUGUGAUGAAUCAUGAUAUUUGGCUGUGUGAUUCAUGCUAUACAGCACAUUUCCCCUCCUCCAGUCAUUUCAGUGAUAGAAAUGCAAUGCAUUUUUCACAUUGUCGCUUUGUCUUACUGUAGUCAGAAAUAGCAUGUUGCUGCCCGUUUAAUGACAUGACAGCCUUUGUUGGGUCCUUUUUCCAAAACCAACCUCAGUGUUUUCCUUGCAGUGAACUGGAGAUAAAGGCACGAGCUGUGUUGAGGGACCUGGAAGAUUUUCCCAGUGAGGGCACGUGAUGUGAAAGUUAAUGCAGAGUUUGUUUUUGCUCCUCUGCAAGCUGUGGGGCUGCUGAGCUCUCUCCAGAUGCGGUGCUUUCCACACAUACAGGAUCGGCUUUCGAAGCUCCUCGGACGAAAGUUUCAGACGAUGGAGAGAGCCGCCGACAGAAACCUGGACUCGGAUCUAUAAUGGUGUUCCACGGUAAGCAACUGAUCGGAGCUGUAGACUUUUCUUCUUCCAAGCUGGAAUAACGCACUCUGCUGCAGUAGGUCAGCGCCGCCUGCUGUGGAGCGCUGGAUCAUUUCUCUCCUUGGUCUCCAUGUAGUGAGACACCCUGAACGACGGAGCCGACGGAGCAACCGUAUUAUUUUCCCCCACCGUCAACCGGACAGUGGACGUGGUCCCCAGCCGUCUCUGGCCACCGCAGCCGCGCUCCCCAGGAGAAGAGCUCCGCCGCGAGCCUUCCCCACCCCCGACUGCUCCAAUUGAUUCAGCCGGGCCCGCUCUCUGAGGAGGCCGCGGCAUCCACCUGGCUGCAGCUGCAGCACUCAGCCAGGCACUUCAGUAGACCUAGACAGACAGACAAGACCACAGAGACAACAUGUCUACAAGGGAUAUCAGUCAACCCUGCAAGCAGGAGAGGAAGGGCAGUUUCUUCAAGCUGAUAGACUCAUUGGCCUGGGAACUUGGCACGCUGAAGAAGGAGAUGAGGAAAAAGAUUGACUCUCCAGAAGGAAUCCAAAAGACAGAUACACUUCUAGGGCUGGGUGAAGAGAUAGGAGGUCUCUUCCUACAGGCUUCACCUUGUACUGGGAUUGGUGCAGGACUGGCUAGAGCAAGAGACUCUGGCUACGACUCCCUCCAUCGGCGGCUCAGUGUUCUGGAUAGACUGGUCAAUACACAUGCUGUGUGGCUACAGUUGGGCCUCAGCCACCAGGAUGCCAGACGUCUCCUGCAGAGCCAGCCUGCUGGAACAUUUGUAGUGAGGAAGUCAACCAGUCUGCAGAAAAAGGUCAUAUCUAUACGUAUGGACAAAGACUCCACAGUUUUCAUUAAGGAUUUCCCUGUCAAGGAGAGCCAGUACACCUUCUCACUGGAGGGAUCAGGCCUGAGCUUUGCAGACCUUUUCCGCCUCAUGGCUUUCUGCUGCAUCAGCAGGGAUGUGUUGCCCUUCACUCUAAAGCUUCCAGAGGCCAUCGCUUCAGCCAGAACUUGUGCUGAUCUUGAGGAGGUAGCUAAACUUGGAGCAGGCUUCUGGGAUGCUCAAUUGUGUCACAGGAGGAAGGGCUCAGUGUUACUGACAGGGACUGCAGCUCCUGAUAGACCUCCACCACCUGUCCAGCGACCUGUCUCCUCGCCAGCUGCUCCAGGGCGCCCUCGACUUCGAACCCCAUCUGAGCUUGAGUCUUGCCAGUCCAACGGAGCACUGUGCUUCAUCAACCCCCUCUUCAUUAAGGUUCACCAAACAGAUGGUGGUGACCAGGGCACCACUCCCAACACACCUGACACAGUAGAACAGUGCCUCAGGGAGGAAUCCAGCAACACAGAAGCCACCAAUAAGGAAACUCUGCACUGUUGUCUUAACAGUUCUCAGGUGUGUAGCUCAGAUCACAGUGAGAUCAGCCAGUCAAGUCAAAGGAAACUGCAUAGCCUUGGAAGAAACACAGAUCUACAAGAUAAUAACAAACAAACCAGCAACAGUCAAAAGCUACGUGCUACAGAGUCUGUCUUUCGGUCUCCACCCCCUCGUCCACCUCCGCCUCGAUUUGUUCCACAACGCUCAGCCCCUCCUGUCCCACAGCUCAGUAUGCCAGAGAAGAUCCCCUGGAUCAGUGUCCCCAAGGAUAAAAUGGAGCAGAGGGAGAGGGGCAGCAACCUCCUUUCUCGUCUCGGCUCCUCGCUAAGCAUCAGCCCCUCUUCCUCCCCUCCCAAGAGACUCAGCGUCAGUUCUCCCAUUUCUAUCCCCCGCCGAUCCCUGCCCCUCUCCCUGUCAUCUCUGUCGUCCUCUCCUCAUCGAUCCAAAGCCUCACCAUCAUCCAGUCAAGAGGAUGCCCAGUGCCAUUUGGCGCUGGAAGAUGAUACUAUUGAGAGGGCCGUCAUUCGGGCCAAACUUUCUCAGCAAAAUUCUACCAGAGCCUCCACCCAUGGCUCCUGCAGUCCUGCAGACCCUUCCUUCAUGUCAGCAAGCAAGGCCGGUGGAGAUAAAGAAGCAGGUGAGGAAUGCAGUGGGGGCGGCCAACGGCUGAGUGACAUGAGCCUUUCCACUGAUUCGUCAGACUCUCUGGAUUUCUCUCAGUCCUCAGCCUUUUUUAUUCCUCCUCUGCAUGACCCCAGCCCCCCCACUGUGGCUGACUUUAACACCCACCUCCCCCUCUCUCUCCCACAAUCCCAUCUGUCCUACUGUGGCAUGGAGGAAGAUGAUGAUGAGGAGGAUGAGGAGGAUGAAGAGGAACCUGACUAUGGCGUCAGCCUCGAGAGUGAUCAGGACCAAGACCAGGACCUAACCAUGGUGCCACCAGGACACCACACAAAGCGUCGUCCCAGUACCAGUGCAUUGGUUCUCCAGAAGGCCCUACGAGGACAUCUGCGCAAGAUGAGUGGCGUUUUCAAUUCACUGCUGACACCUGAGAAGAGAGUGAUCCGCAGGGUUCUGGAGCUGUCAAGGGAUAAAGGGUCCUAUUUUGGGUCCCUGAUGCAGGACUAUGUGAGCUACAUGGGCGAGGGAGCUGGCACCCAGGCCUGGCAGGGAUAUGCCUCUGGACUGGAGCUGCUACAGACUCUCCGGCAGUUUAUCACUCAAAUGAAGAGCUACUUGCGACAGAGCUCUGAGAUGGAGCCACCAAUCGAGAGCCUCAUCCCUGAAGACCAGAUUGACCGAGUCCUGGAGAAGGCCAUGCACAAGUGUGUCCUGAAACCCCUCAAACCGGUGGUGAGUGCAGCCCUGCAGGAGUUUCAGGUGUGCAGCGGGGCGUGGCAGGAGCUGACGGAAAACCUGUCAUUGGCCAAGGCCCGGCAGCCACAUGAAAUGGGCGUGGCUGACACAUUGCCCCCAGACCCUGUUGCCAUUGAGAAGAUCAAGCACAAGUUCCACACUAUGUGUAAAAUGUACUCCCCAGAGAAGAAGGUUACCAUGCUGCUGAGGGUCUGCAAACUCAUUUACACCAUCAUGGAGGACAAUUCAGGUCGUCUGUACGGUGCUGAUGACUUCCUGCCCAUGCUGACCUAUGUGUUGGCUCAGUGUGACAUGCCUCAGCUGGACAAUGAGAUACUUUACAUGAUGGAGCUGCUGGACCCCUCACUGCUGCAUGGAGAAGGUGGCUACUACCUGACCAGUGCAUAUGGAGCAAUGUCCCUGAUCAGGAAUUUCCAGGAGGAGCAGGCGGCCAGGGUGCUGAGCUCCGAAACCAGGGAUACGCUCCACCAGUGGCACCGUCGACGCACCACCCCACGCUCCACACCGUCUAUUGAUGACUUCCAGAAUUAUCUGCGGGUGGCGCUGCAAGAGCUGGACAGCGGCUGCACUGCCAAGACUCUACAGGUCCGGCCUUAUGCCACUGUGGAGGAGGUGUGCCAGCUGUGCGCCAACAAGUUCAAAGUGUCAAACCCUGAGAAUUAUGGUCUGUUCUUGCUGAUAGAGGGCAGCACCCAGCAGCUGGCCCCGGAUACCCAUCCUCAGAAGAUAAAGGCAGAGCUCCACAGUCGCCCAGAGGCUGCUCCGUUCCACUUUGUCUUCCGCCGUGUGACCAACAGCACCCAGUCGUCGACUCAUCAUGAUGCUACACCCAACCUCAACGACCUCAACGUGACCUCUGACCUUCAGGCUAACCUGAAUGACCUCAGUACAGAGCUGUCACCCCCCUCCUCCCAACUCAGUGUCAGCUUAGGCCCAACCCUGACCUUCAGCCUGCCGCCCAACCACCUCAACAGUAGCUCCACCUCCAUAUAACUGUAGCAGCAAGUGGAAGACUGAACGGGCUCUUUGUCUCCAGGUUUCCACAGCAUCACCCAUUCUCUCUAAUAAACAUGGUUCACGAGCCAUAAAUGGGCCAACAUGUUGAAUGGGCAACAUGCUAUGCCGUGCCAGUCUUUACAAAGCCUGACUUCUCCUUUUGGAUAACACGUCUGUCUCAGUUAACAUCCCCUCACUGGAAAGUUCUGUCUGACAGAAACGACUGAAAGAAGAAAAGAAUAAAGGAGGGAAGGAAAUGAGAAAGAUGCAGUUAUUUUUACUUCAUUGGUUCUGGAUUUGACAUCAGAGCAACACUUCAGUGAACACAGCUCUCAAAUUUCUAAACACAGAUAAAAGUGUUGUCAGGCUUGCCUUCACACUGCUACUUUAGGGUCAGUGGUUGCUGUUGUUACUUUUAGAGUACAUGGAGGGAAAUCCGAUCUCAGACACACAUGGGACUAAUGUGUGAUCAGUCACUUUACGUAUUCACAUAGUUUGUUUAGGUGAUGGAAGGAAGAUUUACUUCUCACAGUUGCUGGUAAACUGUUGGCUUGUUUGUGUUUUAAAAUGAGUAAUUCUUCCAGUUGUAUGUGUCCAUAGAUUUGGUGCCACCCAAUGGUAACUGAUGCAUACAGCAAUGUGAUGUUUUCUGAACGUUUCAUUUGAAGAAACAGUUCUGGCCAAUGAGAAGAAACAAAACACUCCACAUCAACAACCAUUAGAAGACAUGUAAAUAAUGUAAAAGACACUAUGAGGAGGUACAACAUGAGGAGGUACAACUUGCUGAAAUGUUGCUAGCUUUACUUUAUUGACCCACUUUAGAAGAUAAUCAGUUAUUGAAUCUGUGCUGUGGCUACAUUAAACACCAGUUAAGAUGAAAUCAUGGUUUCCGCAUGCUUGUGUGCUGAACUGAUUUGAAAGCUGAUGUUGUUCUUUUCAUACUGCAAUAGGUUGCGGUAGGUCUACUGCAGACAGCCACUGGAGAAUAUUCCUAAGUGUGUCGAGCUCAGUGGGCAGACAUCCGCCAGUGAUUAUUUCAAUUACAGCUUGUGGAUGAUUCUUAGACAGUCUCUCCUCUAAACAAGAAUUUCUGUUAUGCCUCAUUAGUUUCCGUGGCAUAUGUGCAUUUCACAAAUUUGGGGUUGCACACAGACAUCUGCAAGGUACACAGUCACAGACUUGGGUGGAUAGACCCUUGCAGAUGUAGAAAUGAACUGGCCCUCUGACACUAAUGGAUAUCCCAUUUUCCUUCCAGCAUGUAGCAUUUGUUAUACAUAAAGCUGCAUACUUUCAGGCAUAUCCCAUCAAUAUCACUGAAAUUUAAAAUUAAGACAAAUGCCUACACAGGGAUCAAUACUUUUGCUACAAGAUGUUUGUAAGAAACAGUGUUAAAAAAAAUCUAUGACAAUUUUUAGGAUUAAUAUUGUAAAAUGUAGUGAAAUAUUGUUCUUUCAUGUAGUUUGUGUUUAAUCUUAAACAGGCAGGUCUGCCAGGUCUGAUGUCAGUAUCCUGGCGAUUUGAUGGAGAUUCUAUGAUAUCUGAUAGAUGUUGCUUGGUAUCAUCUCCACCUGGAUGGACAACAUGGGACAAAGGAACAGUUGCUGGCUGCCCUAUCUCACUUUUGACAAGGACUCAUACUACUACAGUGCAAUGGUUUCUAUCCUGGUGAGAAAAAAAGGAUGAUGUGACAGUUACAAAAUGGUUGUGUGGACCUUUAAGCUGGUCUGAGGUGCAUCACAGUCACGAGUGCUGAUAUUAGGAAAACAAAGUUAUGUGACGAUGUCCAGAGAGAGAACAGUACUGAGAUGUAUCAUUGUUGAGUUGCAUACUGUCAGUCAUAAAUACUUGAAUUUUAACAGUUUCAGUAGUUGGAAAAUUAAAUUCUAGUGCUGUUUUUGUUUAUCAAAUAAACUGAACUGCAUCACUCUCCAUUGAGUCCUGUUUUACAUUAGGAGGAAAUGUUAAUGUGUGAGGUGAGGUCAGUGGAGAGAGCAGUGAAAGAUAACAUGGCUGAAGUAAAACGAGGGCUGUCAGUUGAGUCGCAUUAAUUUCCUGAAUGGUGUGUAAAUAGCCUGUACGGAGCUCACCAUGCAUAUCUCUUGGAGCCAAGUGUUCUAAGUUCGAAUUCCCAUGUACUGUCGUGUUACUGCAAUCUAACUUUCUUGAAGUAAGUAUUUAUAUGUCUCUGUGCGGGGAUUUUUCACAGAUGGCUUUUCCAUGUCUAAAAUAUUCCUGGUUGUGUCAUAAUGUCAUUUGCAUCCAUUUGUCAUUGAUAUCAGAAAUAUUCUUUUGCACUGAAUAAAUGUUGGAAAUGGAAUUACA